CACACCACGGAAAUUCGUCAGUGCUGAUCAUUACACACCGCCCGAACAACACAUGUGAGAAUAAACUCAUCUUAACUCUAAAAACGUACAGCUACAUACUUUUUAGAGAUGACAACACAGGAGGUGCGUUUGUGUGGACUGCUACUGCAGGAGCACUUUGGAGAUGUGGUGGAGAAAGUGGGCACUCAUCUCAACCGCAGUGGAGUUCUGAACUUGCGAGCUCUUGCUCAUGAGACCAAACUUGGUCUUGACCUGGUCAAGAAAUCUCUGUGUGUGCUGGUGCAGCAUGGGAUGUGCACAUUUGGUGCAGGGCGUCGUGGUCCAGCGGGACCUGUGGAAUAUCGCAUCAGCUGUGAGCGCAUCAUUCACAUGCUUCGUUAUCCACGCUACAUCUACACUGCCAAGAGUCUUUAUGGGGACACAGGCGAGCUCAUUGUUGAGGAGAUACUGCAGAGAGGCCAGAUGACAAUGAGCAGCACAGUCAAGACUGUCGCAGACAGGCUGACUCACAAUAUGCCAGAGGGUCAGAGUAUGGACUACAGUGAGGUUGUCUCUGCAUUUUCCCAGUUGGUGGAGACUCAUUUCCUUCAGCGCUGUCCUCCUGUGGCCUCAGCAGGACCAUCAAACUCAGAAGUGGUUGACCCUCCUCCUCCUCCUCCUCCAGCUGUAACACCCUCUGAACCAGAGAAGCACCCAGACUGCUACAGAGUACCCUACAUCAAUCUCACCGGUAAAGGAAAACGCAGACGCUCAAGUGAGGAUGGGGAAGCUGACCAGCGUGCAGCAAAAAAAGCCAAAACAGACAACAAUGAGUGUGGGGAUGAAGGGAUCUUUUGGCAGGUGAAUUUUGAACGCUUUCACUUGCACUUCAGGGAUCAGGCCAUCAUUAAUGCUGUUUCCUGUAAACUUGAUCAGACUAGCAGUGAGAUAGUUAGAACCAUGUUACGGAUGAGUGAAGUUACAACGUCAGCUAACGCUGCUUUCACACAAGCUCUUUCAGCAAACGAGAUUUUCCGAGCUCUUCCAUCCAAUUACAACAUCGCCAGGCCAAUUUUAGACCAAUACCUCACUCUCCUGGUUGACGAUCCGAUGGAAUUUGUGGGGAAGGCAGGUGACAGUGGAGGAGGAAUGUAUGUCGUCAAUCUACACCGUGCACUGGCUAACCUGGCCAGAGCUACCCUGGAGUCUGUGGUCCAAGAGAGGUUUGGUUCUCGUUCAGCACGCAUCUUUCGUCUGUUACUGCGGAAAAGACACCUAGAACAGAAGCAGGUGGAGGAUUUUGCCAUGAUUCCAGCCAAAGAGGCCAAAGACAUGCUGUACACACUCCUAUCUGAGAACUUGGUCCAGCUACAGGAAAUUCCCAAAACGCCAGACCACGCCCCUUCUCGGACCUUCUACCUGUACACCGUUAAUCAGCUGCCCACCGCCAGACUGCUGCUGCAACACUGCUACAAGACAGUUGGGAACCUGAUCGAGAGGCGGCUGUACGAGACCAAAGAGAACAAGCGACUUUUGGAAAAGUCUCAGCGAAUUGAGGCCAUCCUGGCAUCCUUGCAGGCCACAGGGGCGGAGACGACACAACUGACGGAGGUGGAGGAGAUGAUCACAGCUCCAGAAAGACAGCAGCUUGAGUCCCUGCGACACCACAUUAACAAGUUGGAUUCCAGUGAAAACCAGGUGGAUGAGACCAUAUUUCUUCUGGAAUCCUACAUUACCUCUACACAGGCCUCUCAUUGAGUUAGUAGGCUCUCUGGAGGCUAGUUCAAGAAGACAUACUGAUCGAUGUUGGUGUGAAAAGAGGUGGAUAAAGAAGAGUAAAUGCAGCUAUUAUUUUGAGAUUUGACAGAUGUUUCAUUUGCAACAAGGACUUAUUUGUAUUUAACAGUGUGUGUGUUUUGUGGAGCUGUGAAUGCAAUUUUAUUUCUGUUUUCAAUGGGGAAAAUAAAGAUGGAAUUCCUUUUAUAAUGGUUUACACAUUUUUAUUUAAUAAUUUGUCAAAAAAUGAAAAACAAUUUUCAAACCUGUGUAUUGUCCAUGUAUUGUCUGAAACACUGAUUUUUUUAUGUUAAGGAAACAAAAAUUAAAUAAACUGAUUGUUGUAUUAUGGUGUAUGUGAUUUCACCAAAUACAAUAUG